UUGAGAGGGUGACCUAAACAUAUAGGUAGUGAAGAAAGAGAGCAGAAUCAGAAUUGCUUUCGUUUCUUCUUCUCCCUCGGGCUCCUAGGUUAUCCUUCCGCGCCUUUUCUCCAACCAACUCCACCUCCGAAUCGUUUAAGAUGUCAGAUGUGGACGAGUAUCGCUGUUUUAUUGGUGGCCUUGCCUGGUCAACAUCUGAUAGAAAGUUAAAGGAUGCAUUUGAAAAGUUUGGCAAGCUUACGGAAGCAAAGGUUGUUGUUGACAAGUUCUCUGGACGCUCUCGGGGGUUUGGAUUUGUCACAUUUGAUGACAAGAAAGCAAUGGACGAGGCUAUUGAUGCUAUGAAUGGGAUGGAUUUAGAUGGGCGUACUAUUACUGUUGAUAAAGCUCAGCCACAAGGAUCAUCUAGGGAUAGGGAUGAUGGUGAUCGCUACAGAGAGCGUGGUCGUGAUCGUGAUGAUCGUGGCGAUCGUGAUCGUAGCCGAGGCUAUGGAGGUAGUCGUGGAUCUAAUGGAGGUGAAUGCUUUAAGUGUGGUAAGCCUGGUCAUUUUGCUAGGGAGUGUCCUAGUGAAGGGGAACGAGGAGGGGGAAGGUAUGGUGGCAGGGAAAGUCGAAGCAGUGGCGGUGGCUAUGGUCCUGAUAGAAAUGCAGAUCGUUCUUCUGGUGGGCGCAGCAGCAGGGAUGGUGGUAGUCAUGGAGAUUCUGGAAGUGAUCGAUACCAUCGUGAUCGUUCUGGACCGUAUGAACGAAGGGGAUCAUCAGGAGGCUAUCGUUGAUAUAAUUUGGACUUCUCUAUGAGCUUUGAAAUUGAAGGGGUUGCUGAUAAUGCUUCAACUUUCUUUUUCAUAAACAAUGUUCUGGGAUUGUUGUUUGGAUGGACCAAUGAUACCAGUGUUUUGAUAUGCAGUACUCAGCACAUUUUUAAAACUCUUUUAUGUUCCUAAGUGCGAUCUUUUGGUCUGUUGAAAUCUUAUGACUUACAGUCGAAUUUGAUGUUGUGCUCUAUGCUAUCAAUUAUUGCUGCCGGUUAUCUUGUGAA